AUGUCGAAUGAAAAAAUGUUUCGGGAGGGGACAGGAUUGAUGGGAGAGCUGGAUCAGCAAGAAACUGCUGAGCUGGAUCUGAGAAACAAAAACAUAAAUGGCCUGCAAAGAACAGUGUCAUCAGAAUCCACAGACUCAGGUUGUGCUCUGGAUUCCCCUGGUCCUGCAGCCUCAAACGAUAUCCUGGAGGAAACGUUUGAGAAGGCAAUUCUUGAAUCCAGCAGGCUGAACAUCCGAGUGCCUUUCAGAAGGAUCCAUUCACUGCCACAAAGCCUCCUGGGGUGCAGUCCUGCCCUGAAGAGAAACCACUCUGAGUCUCUGGAGAGUGAAGCUUUUCAGCUCUUGGAACAAGAUGAAAAUAAGGAGAAUGAAUCAUUUGAGUUCAAGAAGCCAACCAAGCCAGCUGCCCGGGGGGCUGUCCAUGGGCCUUCCCGGGAGGGAAGAGGUGCUCCUGGGCCAAGGCAGAGCUCUCCAGCUCAGACAUUUUCCAUGGGUGAGACCCCCCCGGGCAGGCAGCAGCACCAGCCAGGCUUCCUGCAGCCUGUCCUGCCCUCCCCCGACAGUGAAGAUGAUGAUGGGUUCCUCGAGUUGCUGGAUGACCAAGACUUGAAGAAUGACGAGGAGGCGCCAUCAGACGUGUCCAGCCUCUGGACUGCACCCCUGGUGAUGAGGAGAAUGGACCCUCGGGCCAAGCGGUGCCGGUUGUUUGGCUCUUCAUCUCUGCCCAGUGCUGUGGGAAGAACCACCCAGAAGAGGAUGGAGAGAUCCCAGGAAGAGAAUUCCCCAGGGAAAAGCAAGAAGAGGAAGAGCCUGCCUGGAGCAUCUUCUGAGGACUCAGCGAGCCUGAAAAUAGUGAAGACACAAUCCUCCACAGCAGAGAUCGAGAGCAUUUUGGACAGUGACCAGAGAGACCUCAUUGGAGACUUCUCAAAGGGUUAUUUAUUCCACACUGUUGAUGGGAAACACCAAGACUUGAAAUACAUCGACUCGGAAAUGAUUGUGUCUGUGCUGACUGGGAAGUUUGCAAGCUCCAUCAAGGAGUGUGUGAUCAUUGAUUGCAGAUACCCCUACGAGUAUGAAGGGGGACACAUCAAGGGAGCUGUGAACCUCCACAUGGAGGAGGAGGUGGAAGAUUACCUGCUGAAGAAGCCGAUCCAGCCCUCGGGGAACAAGCGAGUGAUCGUCGUGUUCCACUGCGAGUUCUCCUCCGAGCGGGGCCCUCGGAUGUGCCGGUUUGUGAGGGAGCGGGACAGGCUGGACAACGAGUACCCCAACCUGCACUACCCUGAGCUCUACGUCCUCAAGGGGGGAUACAGGGACUUCUUCCUGAGAUGCCGUAGCUUCUGCGAGCCCCAGAGCUACCGCCCCAUGCACCACGAGGACUUCAAGGAGGAUCUGAAAAGGUUCCGCACCAAGAGCCGCACCUGGGCCGGCGAGAGGAGCAAGCGGGAGCUCUACAGUCGCCUGAAGAAGCUCUAA